GUGUCACCCGCGGUGUGUUCAGAGGUGUUUCACUUCGCACCGCUUGAGUGGGAGUGUGUGAGUGCGCGUGUGAAAUGGGCUCGUCCUCAACCCCCAUCCGACCCCCCGCCAUCCUGGAUGCCUCCGCGGAGCUGAUCGCUCCAGUGGACCUCUAGCUCACUCCUCUACUAUCCCCCGGAACGGUCGGGACAGCUUUGUCCUUUUCCCGUCGUGCCUCCUGAAACCCGUGUGAGACGCUGGUCCGGGUGGCUCCACUGUGGACGGCUCGUGAGGCGAAGAAGCGAGCGGCAGAGCGAUGCCGGCUGUGAACCGGCGUUCCACCCCGCUGUGUCUGCCCGGUUGGAGCUCCCUCUCCUGAGCUCCCCAACGCCUGUGUCUAGGGCUUCAGACAAGUCAGCUCCCGUGCUCCUCAGCAGAGAUGUCUGCCGGGCCGACCGGAAUGGAGCGAGAUCCAUCGAUAGCUGAGCAGCUGUCCUGGAUUUCGCUGACGCCGCCGCGCCUGAGUUCCGCCUGAGAGGAUGGACGCGCUGGAGUCUGAGCUGACUUGCCCAAUCUGCCUCGAGCUCUUUGAGGACCCGCUGCUCUUGCCCUGCGCCCACAGCCUCUGCUUCGGCUGCGCCCAUCGCAUCCUGGUGUCCCACUGUGCCUCCAACGAGCCGGUGCAGUCCAUUGCAGCCUUCCAGUGCCCCACCUGCCGCUAUGUCAUCUCCCUCAGUCCGCAGCGCGGCCUAGAGGGACUGAAACGCAACGUCACCCUACAGAACAUCAUCGACCGCGUCCAGAGGGCCGCCUCCUCCGGCCCCCUGCCCCCGUCGCCCCACAGCGGGCCCGACUCGCCCGGCGAGGACGUUGGGCGUUUCGCCCUGGCUCUGGUCCCAGCCCCCGCCGCCAUGACCAGCCCCGGGACGCCGCCCAGCCCCGUGCAGUGCCAGUUCUGCGAGCAGGACCCGCCGCAGGACGCCGUGAAGACCUGCGUCACCUGCGAGGUCUCCUACUGCGACGGGUGCCUGCGCGCCACGCACCCCAACAAGAAGCCCUUCACGGGCCACCGCCUCAUCGAGCCGCUGCCCGGCUGCCACCUGCGCGGCCUGCAGUGCCUGGAGCACGAGGAGGAGAAGGUGAACAUGUACUGCGUCACCGACGAGCAGCUCAUCUGCUCCCUCUGCAAGCUGGUGGGGAGACACAGGGACCACCAGGUGGCGGCGCUGAGCGAGCGCUAUGAGAAAUUCAAGCAAGCGUUGGAUUCCAACCUGAGUCAUUUGGUCAAGAGGAACAAUGAGUUGGAGAGCUUGAUGGGAAAGUUGAUCCAAACCUGCCAGCACGUAGAGGUCAAUGCGUCUCGACAGGAGGGUAAACUGAUGGAAGAAUGUGACACCCUGAUUGAUAUCAUCCAACAAAGGAGACAGAUCAUUGGGACCAAGAUCAAGGAGGGAAAGGCUGUCAGGAUUAGGAAGCUAGCCCAGCAGAUCUCCAACUGUAAACAAUGCAUCGAAAGGUCCUCUGCCCUCAUCACCCAGGCGGACCAGACACUGAAGGAGACCGACCACGCCCGCUUCCUCCAGACGGCCAAGAGCAUCACAGAGAGGGUUUCCAUGGCGACCGCCUCCUCCCAGGUGCUGAUUCCAGAGAUCAACCUGACUGACACGUUUGACACGUUUGCCCUGGACUUUACCAAGGAGAAGAAGCUGCUGGAGAGUCUGGACUACCUCACAGCGCCCAGCCCUCCGGGUAUCAGGGAGGAGCUCUGCACAGCGUCGUAUGACACCAUCACAGUGCACUGGACCUCGGACGACGAGUUCAGCGUGCUCUCCUACGAGCUGCAGUACGCCAUCUUCACCGGGCAAGCGAACAUUGUCAGCCUGUGUAACUCCGCCGACAGCUGGAUGAUCGUGCCCAACAUCAAGCAGAACCACUUCACCGUGCACGGCCUGCAGAGUGGCACCAAGUACAUCUUCAUUGUCAAAGCCAUCAACCAGGCUGGAGCCCGGAGCAGUGAACCAGGGACCCUCAAAACCAACAGCCAACCCUUUAAGCUGGACCCCAAGUCCGCCCACAGGAAGCUGAAGGUCUCCCAUGACAACCUGACGGUGGAGCGCGACGAGACCACGUCGAAGAAGGGACACGGCCAGGAGCGAUUCGCUAGCCAGAGUAGCUACGGCGUUAUCGGCAACGUUUACAUUGAUAGUGGACGGCACUACUGGGAGGCUUUGAUUGGAGGAAGCACAUGGUACGCAGUGGGCAUCGCUUACAAGUCGGCCCCCAAACACGAGUGGAUCGGUAAAAACUCGGCCUCUUGGGUGUUGUGCCGCUGCAACAACUCCUGGGUGGUGCGUCACAACAGCAAAGAACUGGCCAUCGAGCCGUCCCCCCACCUACGCCGCGUGGGAGUCCUGCUGGACUACGACGCCGGCUCGCUCACCUUCUACGACGCCGUGGGCUCUCAGCACCUGCACACUUUUCACGUUUCCUUCGCCCAGCCCGUGUGUCCCGUCUUCAACGUCUGGAACAAGUGUCUGACCGUCCUCACGGGCCUGCCGAUCCCCGACCACCUGGAAGGGGCAGAAACCCAGGACUGAGGAUCCCCGGAAGCUCUUCCCACCGAGGCAAACCCAAAGCUGGACGGGCCACCUCCAUGGUACUUUGGGCCACCAUGAACUUGCAAUGGCCCGUCUUUAAUCUCCCUAGGACACGUGACGCUGUCACCACACAGCUCUUCAGGCACUUUGGAUCACCUGUAAAUUGCACAGACCUUGAUUCAACCACAGACCGCUAACGGAUCAAACUACGUUGCUGUACAUUUGUUAAGUAGCCUUGCCUAGCUACCACCUCCAUGAUAAUGGAAGCCAAUGUAGUCAUGAAUUGAAAUUAUUUUACUUUCUGGUGCUUAUAUCACGGACACAAAUAACUUAAGUGUAAGAGACUGAAAAACAAAACAAAAAAUUAAUGGCAAAUAGCUUUUAAUAAGUACGUUUUUCCUUGUGUUUGUACACUGCUCAUACUUUAUUUAUGAUCUGUUUAGGAGACGUUUAUGAAUCUAGGGUCCUUAUUUUGGUGCAAUUCAUUGAUGUAACUUUUUAGUCUAGAAAUAUACAAAAAAAAAGUGUGAAAACAUUCGUUUGUAAGUUCUACAUGUUUUAGAAAAAAAACAACUUCCUGACAGUAACGGAAACCCUCGUGCGUAAGUGUAAUGUUGCAAUGCUGACAUGCAGGGCCACCCAUCAAAUUGUACUAGUCUUUCAUUAUGGUCUUGUUUUGCCCGCUUUGUGACGCAAUGGGGCAUUUGUGGCUCAGCCAUGCAUGUUUGUUGAAACCUAACCCCUGCAGAUCUAUUCCAAAUCCUGUUUUUAUCUUUGAAAAUAUUUAAAUCCUGAGUUAAGCAAUUUGCGACACUCCUCAGUAGCCGUCCGGUAACAACCUGAACUUGAAGAUAGGGAUGACUUCCCCUUGGUUUUUAGGUACAGUGAAGUCACAUUAUUUAAUGUUCAGGACCGGUGGCGGCGGUGUAAAACGCCGUGGUUUGGGGCAUUUGACGUCCAUAGUGUCACAUGACGUGAUGUCAUCAGGAACGGCCACACAAGCUCAGGCAUUCAUCGCUAAAGCUAAUGCCACCACAAGCCACAGUGGGACACCUUUAUGACCUGACCGUGAACUCCCAUGUGCUCAUCUUCUCUUUGUCUUCUACUCUUUUUAACCCUAGGAAAAAUGUACUGUCUUGAUACUUUAUAGCUCAUUUACAGAUUUGUUGUCAAAACUGAUGGACCCGCUCAUUAAUAACAUAAAGAAAUGUUUAAUUAUUUUGUGUUUUGGGAACCUGUGGACACUUUUAGGGAAAAGGAUUGGAAUAAUUGUGUAGCUUUUGUCAAUAAUGUCAAAAGUUUAAUAAAGAGAGUAUAUCGUACUGUA